AUGGUGGAUCCCGUACCUGAAGAGGAGAAGGCGGGAGCCGAGCCCGGAGGCUCCGGAGGGGACGAAGCCGCCGCGUCCGUGCCCCCUGACUCCCAGGGCGCCCCGCAGCCCGCGGCGUCUUCGGCCUCGGCCUCCGCCGCUGUGCCCCGUAAGGCUGAAGUCCCGUGCGCAGCAGAAGGCGGGCGGCGGGAGCAGUCUCCGCUGUUGCACCUCGACCUCUUCAACUUCGACUGUCCGGAGGCCGAGGGCAGCCGCUACGUGCUGACCAGCCCCCGCUCGCUAGAGGCCUGCGCCCGCUGCGCCGUUAAACCUGUGGAGCUGCUGCCACGCGCCCUGGCGGACCUGGUGCGCGAGGCCCCCGGCCGCUCUAUGCGAGUGGCCACUGGCCUGUACGAGGCUUACGAGGCGGAGCGGAGCGCCAAGCUGCAGCAGUGCAGGGCAGAGCGCGAGCGCAUCGUGCGCGAGGAGAAGCGGCGCCUCUUCACGCCUUUGGGCUCCGCGGCCGCCGCGGCCUCGGCCCCUAGUGCGGGCAGCAGCAGCAGCUGCAGCAGCGCCAGCCUCCCGGCCUCGCCCGCACCACGCGCCGCCCGCAAGGCCUCCUCCAGCCCGUCCCCGGCCCGGCCCCAACCUACGCCCGCGGGGUCGCGGGCAGGUAGGAAGAGCCACUCACUAGACUCCCUGUCCCGCCGGCGGGAGGGCGCCCUGAGCUCCGAGUCAGGCGCGUCGUCGUCGUCCUACAGCGGUGAGAGCCUGAGGGAGCUGCACUGGCCGCCGCGGGCCUCGGCCAGGAAUAGCUGCCCGGCGGGGUCGGCGUCCUCUGCUCCCAACCCUCUGGGCCGCCCAUCCGCCCUGGCCCUGGUGCCCCUCACCGGCCGCAGCUUCAGCCUCGGCGACCUGAGCCACUCGCCACAGACGGCUCAGCACGUGGAACGCAUCGUGCGCCAAGUGCGCGCCGAGCGGGGUCUGCGCGCGGUGCCGGAGCGCGACCGGAAGAUCGCGGCGCUGAUGCUGGCGCGGCACCAGGAGGAGCGCCUGUUGCUGGAGCAGCGCGCCGCGGCCCACGGCCAGUGGGAGCAGCAGCGCGUCCGCGCCGAGCAGCGGCGGGAGCGCGAGGAGCGCGAGAAGCAGCGCGCCCUGGAGCAGGGCCGCCGAGCCUGGGCCGCACAGGUGGAGGAGAGGCGCGGCCGCCGGGGCCGCGAGGAGCGCGAGGAGGCGCGGCGGCGGCAGCGGCAGUGCGAGCGCAGCGAGGAGCGGCGGCGGGAGCUGGCCGAGCGCCAGGGACUGCUGCGGCGGGAGCGGGCGGAGCGCACGGCCCGGGAGGACCGACUUCGCAAGCUGCAGCAGGAACAGAACCUGAAGCAGCGGGAGGAGGGGCUGCAGGAAGUGCGCGAGCGGGCCGAGCAGGUGCGCAGGGAGCGCGCUCAUCGCGCGACCCGCGCCAAGCAGAGUCAGGAGGACCAGCUGCAGCGAGAGAAGCGGGAGCUAAGCCGGGCGGAGCGGGCGCGCCACGAGGCGUUGCUGCAAGGCCGGGCCCGGCUGGAGCGCCAGGAGCGCGAGGGCCUGCGGAGCUCCUUGGAGGCCAGCUUGGGCCGCGCGCAGGAGAACUACGAGCAGUUGGUGGAGCAGCGCACCCGGGAGCUGCGUGAGCGGGCCCGGCGGGAGGAGCUGCAGGGCCGGCGGGCCAAGGAGGCGGCCGAGCGCAAAGAGCGGGAGCAUCAGGCACACCUGGAGGCUCUGGCCCGGGUGGGCGAGCGGCGGCUGCAGCACGCGGCGCAGGCGGCCGAGGAGGCAGUGCAGCAGAAGGCGCGGCGCGUGGGCCAGAGCCGGAUGGAGAAGGAGCGGGCCCAGCGGGCCAACAAGGAGAAGGUGGAGAAGGACGAAGACUGCCGCCGGCGGCAGCUGCUCCAAGCCAUCGGUCGCAAGCUGGAGCGCAGCGAGCAGCUGUCUCGGGACCGGCGCAGCGCGCUGGAGAGCGCCCGCUCCACAGCCCGGGCCUCCUUCCACGUGCGCGAGAAGGUACGCCAGGAGACCAACACGCGCUCCUUCGAUCGCAUGGUUCGCGAGGCCCAGCUGCACGCCAGCCUGGACCGUAAAUGA